GGAAGUCUCGAGCGUGACUUCAGUCCAGGAGAGACCAUGUCGGCUGUGAUAGGCAGACUGAAUGCACCUCUGCUCACAUUUAAAACGAGUUCUCCAUGAAAUAACAGCGACGUGGGGCCUCAAGGAUGGCCAACUCGCUAGCCAGAGCCGAGACGUGCCGCGGUGUCCUGCCCGGACAGUGUGAUGCAAACCCCCCGCCCUGGGGGCUGUUCAGGUGAAACUCGAACUCGGUCAUCGUGCUCAGUUGAGAAAGAAACCUACCGUGGAGGGCUUCACCCACGACUGGAUGGUGUUUGUCCGAGGACCAGAGAACUGCAACAUCCAGCACUUUGUGGAGAAAGUGGUUUUCCACCUCCACGAGAGCUUCCCCAAACCAAAAAGAGUGUGCAAGGACCCACCGUACAAAGUGGAGGAGUCUGGAUACGCAGGCUUCAUCUUGCCUAUUGAAGUUUACUUCAAAAAUAAGGAAGAACCCAAGAAAGUCCGCUUUGAUUACGACCUGUUCCUCCACCUGGAGGGCCACCCACCUGUCAAUCAUCUGCGCUGUGAGAAGCUCACCUUCAACAACCCGACAGAGGAGUUUCGAAGGAAGCUACUGAAAGCCGGAGGGCAACGGGAUCCUAACAAACGAAGUUCAGAAGACUCUAAAGUGAUGGUAAUGCAGGAGGGCUCCACCUCCCUCUUCACCCAGCACCUGAAGCUGCCUACGCUCCCCAGCCACUCUCAUCUAACACCCACCCUCUCUGAUCCAAAGAAGAACAAAAGCUUCCCAGGCUCAAAGGAUGGCUCCAAAGGAAGUGGUACCGCCCUUCUCACCACCGCGACAACCACCAGCACCACCACAAACAGCAGCAGCUUCUCCAAACUUCACAAGCCCUCCAAGGACCACAAAGACAAGCCUCCAAAAGACUCAAAAGAGCCAAAAAGUGCCUUCAGAGACUCCGGCUGGGAACCCAGCAAAACCCCCAAAGAACCUUCGAGGAAACCCAAAGAGAAUCAACCACUUAGAGAUAUCAAUCCAAAAAUGGGCUUCAAGGAACCCAAGUCUUUGUCCAAGGAGCAUCGGACUGAGGGUGGGAACCACGGGGUGGUUCUAAACAAGCGUCUGUCCACCCCCGACAGUGACAAUCGCAUGACCAAAAAACGUAAAAAGGGAUUUGCAGAUCCAGUAGGGAAACCAUCGUCUGGGUCAGACACUCAACAUCUGGAUAAGAAUCUCUUGAAGGAAAGAAUGAGUAAACUGCGGCCGGAAGCUACCGAGGCAGACCGAAGGAAGGUUUCCACGCUGCUACCGUUCCAGGAUAUGGUGGACCCCAAUGACUCUGAUAUGGAGGACCAGUCUACCAAAUCAGAUUCAGAACAGCCCAGUCCAGCCAGUUCCAGCUCCAGUUCUGGCUUUGCUCCCACACACCACCAACGGCAAGUGGUGGACUUCAUCAUCAGGAAAAGGGUGGCUAUACCUGGCCCCACCCACACAGGUAACCUUUCCUUGCUGGGCCCGCUGCAGUCGGUGCUACAGGACCUGCACUCCGAUGACAACGAUGACGAUUCAGAGGAGGAGGACGACAACGAUAUAGACUCGGACGCGGAGCGACCGGCACACGCGCUUCUCACGCACCACCAACGCAGGGUCAGUUUGAGUGAUGGCAGUGAGAGUGACAGCUCCUCGCCCUCCCCCCCAUCCCGGAAUGAAGCCCCACCCAUACUAAAGACUACUGCUAACCAGAUAGUGGAUUUGAAGAGUCCCAGCAAGCAGAGGAACAGAAACCUAGACUGUGAUAAGGCCUACCUUGACGAGCUGGUGGAGCUGCACAAAAGACUGAUGACACUCAGGGAAGGUCAUAUACUGCAACAGAUUGUGAACCUCAUUGAAGAGACGGGACACUUCCACAUCACAAACACUACUUUUGACUUUGACCUUUGCUCCCUGGAUAGAAGCACAGUGAGGAAGCUGCAGAGUUACUUGGACACCUCAGGGCUGUCCUGAGGCUCUGAGCAGCUGGCUGCUGAUGCGUCUCCAUGUAGACCUUUUUGAUUUUUCUUGACUGAACUCCAACUUUGGAUGCAAUGCAAAGGCCCUACUGCGACCGGGUCCGGUUUGCUGUGUGUCCAGCCUGCCGCUGGGACCAAGCCCCCCUGAGUGUAGAGGUUGUGCCGCUGCAGGACCCAGAGCCAGGUGGUGUGGGUCAUGAGCUCUGUGAAUCAGAUCACCCAGAAAGCCUUCAAACCGCACUUGAUUUCUGAGAGAAAAGAGGUGGUUGCUCUUCAUCAAUGUGCUUUUUGUUACCAUGUAUUUUCCUUGAUUUGUGUUCAUCGUAACAAAUGCAUGGUCAACAUUGCCUUACAACAUAGUAAGUCUUUAUUUAUUUAUGUGUGUGUGUGUGUGUGUGUGUGUGUGUGAGAACUAGAAUAACACAAAAUUGGACUUUAUUGAAGCACUUCACAGGGGGCAUGUCUUUGGAUCUGUGUGACAGUGGAGCAUCACUGAGGACAUAAUGUCCCCUCUGAAUCAUGUCUGUGGGAUCGACGGCAGCAAGUGGGCAGAAAGCGCUCCUCAGCCGCUGAGGAUCUCGGGUCAUCAAGUUCCAGGAGCAAGCAAGUGGCACAAGUCUCCAUUCCUGGACAAACCCAGCCUGCUCAUAGGAAGUGAGCACCGUCCCGGUGAACUGUCUGGGAUAAAUGCUGUCACUGUGUGGUUUGUUUCACAAUUUAUGAACGGAGGUUGUCAUUUUUGAAAUGUGGAAGAGAACCUUAAAGGCUUUGUUUGCAGAAGAGACCUGCCCAUCAUAGUAAGCACGCCCUAAAACAUAUCCUGCUUUAUGAUCUAACUCCUUUUUGAAUUGUCUUUACUGGGGAGACGUGGAGGUUGCUACGUGGCAUGAAAAUUGAAAUGUACACAAAUGACAUUGGUUUGAUGCUUACUACAAACCAAAGCCCGUGUCACAGAGGCCUUUAGAAUGCAAAUACUGUCAUCUGAUUGAAAGCCAAAAACAUCAAAUCUUUACUGACUGUUUAAAGCUCUUACGUGUGCAAUUCAACAUUGUGGUUGUGACGAAGCUGGAGCUGACCAACAGAAAGAAACAUUUCAGGGCAUACCAUUCAUCACGUUCAUGUCCUGUUGUACAUGAAUUGUAAGUCUGCCAAAUAAAUGAACGCACCUUCUCAGUUAAAUGGAUGAAAUGGCACAAAUCAGCUUUCCCUCCAUGAGGAUUGGUGCAGACAUCAUUUCAUACAGGUGCAGCAUCACAAUUCCCAUAUUUUGACGAUAUAAAGUAAAGGGUGCCCCGCUCAUUGGCUGCAACUUAAAGACAGUUAAAUUACUGUUCAUCAUCGUAAUACAAUUGAAGGGAAAUCCUAAAUAUUCCAUCAGGAGAAACGUAUUUGUAGAAGAAACCCUUUUGUGAGGGAACGGCUCCCAUGUCCUGCAUUUGUCAAACGUGUGAAAUAGUUUUGGUACAUUUUAACAAAAGAGAAGGUCAGUAAACUGACUGGUAUUAUACAGGUGUAAGAGGACAAAUCAUCUCUUUAAUUUAUUUAGUGGGUGUUGGAGUUGUUUAUGCUCUGCAUUCCCU